AUGCCGGACAACGUAGUCUCCGCGUCGGCGAAGGGCGCCAGCAUCCUCAUCCUCCUCCAAAUCGGCUCCCGAGCGGUAACAUUCGCCCUAAAUCAGCUUCUACUUCGAUUCCUGUCUCCUGAGCUAUUGGGCAUGUCGGUCCAGCUGGAACUCUUCAAGAUUGGAGUCCAGUAUUUCUCACGGGAGUCUCUGCGCGUGGCUGCCGUGAGACGCUCGGAUGGCGGCGCUCAGGCGGCCAUCAACCUCUCCUAUCUGGCGAUCAUGGCCAACAUUCCUCUCGGCUUCACCUUCGCUCAUUGGUAUCUCAGCAGUAUGGACACCUACACUGCUGUGCCUUACUUUGCAGAGGCUUUGCGAGUCAAUCAGCUGGCUGCAUUCGUGGAGCUGUUGAUGGAGCCAGCCUACACCGCCGUCCAGCAGAAUAUGCUGUACAAGGCGAGAGCAGCUGCGGAAGGGUCGUCAGUGAUCUUGAAGACGCUCACCGUCUUUGGACUCUUCUACUGGGCAAAUAAGCAGGGUAUCAACAUUGGCGUUCUGCCAUUUGCCGCCGGCGAGCUUGUCAAUUCCUUCACCCUCACAGCAGUCUACUGGGCGUGGACCAUUCCCGUCGCCAGGGCGAACAAUUUCUCCCUCUUCUUGAGCAAGAUGAAGUCGAGUCCUCAAAUCGAAUACCUCUUUUCUCUCUUCUCGAAGCCCUUGCUAUGGCUCAUGGGCUCUCUGUUCUUCCAAACCGGCAUCAAGUGGCUACUUACCGAAGGCGACAAGCUACUUAUCGCCACUCUAGCCUCGCUUGAAGACCAGGGCAUGUACGCCUUGUCUGCGAACUACGGCGGUCUCAUUGCUAGGAUGCUGUUUCAGCCUAUCGAGACGAGCGCCCGCAACCUCUUCGCAGAGCUAUGUGGAGCGCCUCCUGAGGAGUCGGAAGAGCAGAACGGCGACGUUUCGAAGACCGCUGCCAAAUCAACCGCAACCGAGAACGUCAAAGCAGCGUCUCAGAUACUGGUCACUCUGCUCCGAGUGUAUGCCGUCGUCUCUCUACUGGCCUUCACCGUUGGCCCGACUCUCGCCCCACUCCUCCUUCGGCUGGUCGCGGGCUCUCGUUGGUCUGACUCCGGCGCUGGCGAAGUGCUCGGAACUUACUGCUACUACAUCCCAUUCCUCGCCAUCAAUGGAGUCAGCGAGGCUUUUGUGGCUGCAACCGCCAGCACGAAGGACCUUCGCAAUCAAAGCUUCUGGAUGGGAGGCAACUUUGUGGUGUUUGCAAGCAGUGCCUGGCUGUCUCUGAGAGUGUGGAAGCUGGGUGCGAAGGGCUUGGUGUUGGCCAACUGCGUCAACAUGGGCUUGAGAAUUGCUUUCAAUCUCUCCUUCAUCCGAAAAUUCUUCAAGGAGCGUGGGAUGGUGAGCAAUGCACUCUUGCAAGGCGGGGUGGAAGCUGAUAUGGAUACGCAGGAAUUCGAUGUCACGCAGAUUCUGCCAAGCAUGUACGCUGUUGCAGCCGCAGCAGUGGUACCAAGCAUACUGUCUCGCACGGAAGAUGUGUUGCCUGUGCUACAGAGGUACGGCAUCAUGGGGGAAUUGGCGAGGAUCGCUGGAAUUGGUGGGACGUUGGCCGCAGUCAUUCACCGAGCAAAAGUUCCUGAAGGACUGCUGGACCAGGUUCAGAUCCUAGACUUGCUGAACAGAGUCUUCAUGACUUUAACAUCAGCAUUCAUGCUUUGA